GAGGCUCAGAGCUUGCCAGACUGCCUGCUUUCCUGGGGGGGCACAGUCAUCUUCAGCUUGAAUGUUAACACCUUGAUGGGAAAAGUGUCUCAUGGAAUGUUUUCUUAUCCUUUGAACACUCUUUAUUUCAGAAGCUUUGCUUCUGUUGCAAUGAAUCAUGGCACUUAGCGUGCUGAGCAGGAAGGACAAGGAAAAAGUCAUUCGCAGACUGUUAAUACAGGUACCUCCGGGGGAAUUUGUAAAUGCCUUUGAUGAUCUCUGUCUGCUUAUCCGUGAUGAAAAACUCAUGCACCGUCAAGGUGAAUGUGCAGGCCACCAACACUGCCAAAAAUACUCUGUACCACUCAGCAUCGACGGAAAUCCAGUACUCUUGUCUCACCACAAUGUAAUGGGUGACUUCCGAUUCUUUGACUACCAAAGCAAACUUUCUUUCAAAUACAACCUGCUUCAAAAUCAGCUGAAAGACAUCCGAAGCCAUGGUGUCAUUCGGAAUGAGACAGAAUGCCUGAGAGUCGUCGUGCUGUGCGCCUUAAAACUGUAUGUGAACGACCACUAUCCGAAAGGAAACUGCAACGUGCUGAGAAAAACUGUCCAAAGUAAGGAGUACUUGAUAGCUUGCAUUGAAGACCACAACUACGAAACGGGAGAGUGCUGGAAUGGACUUUGGAAAUCCACAUGGAUUUUCCAAGUUAACCCAUUCCUAACUCAAGUAACAGGAAGAAUAUAUGUGCGAGCUCACUUCUUCAGGUGUGUCAACCUUCAUAUUGAAAUAUCCAAGGACCUGAAAGAAAGCUUGGAAAUAGUUAACCAAGCUCAACUGGCUCUGAGUUUUGCAAGGCUUGUGGAAGAGCAAGAGAACAAAUUUCAAGCUGCAGUCUUGGAAGAAUUACAGGAGUUAUCCAACGAAGCCCUGAGAAGAAUUCUACGAAGGGAUCUUCCGGUGACCCGCACUCUUAUUGACUGGCAGAGGAUACUCUCUGACUUGAAUCUGGUGAUGUAUCCUAAAUUAGGAUAUGUCAUUUAUUCAAGAAGUGUGCUGUGCAACUGGAUAAUAUAAAGAACUGCUCCUGGUAAC